AUAAUAAAAAUAAGUGGAAAAUUGAAGCUUCAAAAUGGACAUAUAUAAUAUAAUAUCACUUAAGUGGAUCUAUAGGGACCUUUCAUUGGCCGAAAACUCUCAAGAAAAUCCAAUUCCUUAAUUUUUCCAAUCACCACUUGAUAUGGAACAAUAUGGGCAAUGAAAAACUUUUCUUCAUCACCUACAAGCGCCGCAGAAACCUCACAAACUAUACAGCAAGAAGAAGACGACGGAGAAAAAGCCCGCUGCGACUGGGAUUUUCGCAUCUCCGCCGUAGUUUCUUCUCCCACCUCCGCCGUGGGAGCUGUUUCCGACGCUCUUGGGGUUCUAGAGUUUGACCCUUCUGAUAAAUUCUUGGCCACCGGCGGAAUAGCCCGGAAAAUUAGGGUUUACAGUGUUAACUCGCUGGUUGAUCCUUUUUGGGAUCAGGACGAAGGAAGCGACGCCGUUUCGCUUGAUCAUAGCAGUGCAUGCGAUUAUUACAUCUGCACGCCGGUGAAGCUGAGUAGCCUGAGAUGGAAGCCGGGGUGGAACAGCCGGGUUCUCGGGUCGGGCGACUACGACGGGGUAGUGAUGGAGUAUGACCUGGAGAGAAGAGUCCCGGUUUUCGAGCGUGACGAGCACGGCGGCAGGCGCGUCUGGAGUGUGGACUACUCCCAUUCCGACCCCGUCGUCGGCGCGUCCGGCUCCGACGACGGCACCAUGCAAACGUGGGACCCGCGCUGCCCGAACGGGAACUGUCUCGCGACGGUGCAGCUGAGCAAGGCGCGGAGCGCCGUCUGCUGCGUGCAGUUCAGCCCCUUCGCCCCUUCCAUCGCCGCCGGCUGCGCUGACCGGAAAACCUACACCUACGACCUCCGCAACACGGCGGAGCCGCUGUUCAUCCUCGACGGCCAUCUAAAGGCCGUGACAUACGCCAGAUUCCUGGACCGCCGUACGGUCCUAACAUCGAGCGUCGACGGCUGCAUCAAAAUGUGGGACACCGACCACCGCAACCUCGUCCGGACAUACAAAGGCCACAUAAACACCACCAGAUGGUGUAGCACUUCAGCUGUCACAGGUACUGAUUUGUAG